AUUUUUCUGAUGAUCGGCAUUGCUUCCAUGCCUGUUUUUUUUUUUUGAUCAUAACCAAUUUUCAAUCUUAACGUUUUUCAUUUCAUCAUAUUCAUCUUUUCUUUAAUUCAUCAUCUUUCUUCUUUUGUUUUAUUAAUUUAAACAUACGACAUUAAAAAUGUUUUGGGGUGUAACAAUUCUUCCUGGACGCCGUUAUUCACAAACGGUUGAAAUGAGUUAUCAUAUCUCGAAAGCUUCAUUAGAGAUUGAUUUGAAAAAACCAGAAACCGAACAACGUGUUCAAGUUAUGAUGGAACAGAAUAAAACAAAAUAUUUGCUUUGUACUUUGGAUUCCAAAAUGACACUUCAAACUGAAUUAGAUUUGAUUUUCACUGAAGGUGAAGAAGUGACAUUCUUUUUAAAUGGUGAAGGAACAGUCCAUUUGACUGGUUAUAUCAUGGAUUUUGAUGACGAUGAUGAUGAAUUCGAUGAUGAAGAAGAAGAUGAAGAGGAAGAUCUCAAGAUCGACAUGGGUAAACGAAAAUUGCUUGAUAAUGAUGUAGCAUUGAAAAAGACCAAGACCACUUCUAAUGGUGUUGAUCAAGCUGAUGAUGAUGAUGACGAAGAAGACGAUGAAGAAGAUGAUGAUGAAUUUGGUGAAGAUGUUUUGGGUAAACUUGAUGCAGAUAUGGAUGAAGAUGAUGAUGAUGACGACGAAGAAGAUGAUGAAGAGGAUGACGAAGAAGAUGAUGAAGAAAUUGUUGCUAAAUUACCAGCAAAAUCUAUCGGAAAUAAAGCUGAAUCUGCCAAAGCUAAUGGACAAAUGAAAAUGUCGCAAACAAAUGCUAAAGGACCGAAUCAACAGAAACAAAAUCAACAGCAGCAACAAAAACCGAAUCAACAACAACAACAACAGAAACCGAAAUUUGGUGGUACACCUAACAAUCAGAAACAAGGUGGACAACAACAAAAAUUUUCCAAUCAAAAACAAAGUGGUGGUGGUGGCAGUGGUAACAAAUUCCAGAAACAACAGAAAGGACCAUGGACACCGGGUAAUCAAAAGACCGAUUGGAAACAAUUAUCAGGAGGAGUGAAAAUAACCGAUAUGCAUGAAGGACAUGGUCCUGUGGUCAAAAAAGGAAAAUAUGUACAUGUAAAAUAUGUUGGCAAAUUACCGGAUAAUAAUAAUAAAGAAUUUGAUCGUUCUGGUGGUGGCAAACCAUUUUCAUUUCGUUUAGGUCAUGGUGAAGUGGUCAAAGGUUUAGAGAUUGGUGUUGAAGGUAUGAAAGUGGGUGGAAAACGUUCAAUAAUGAUACCAUCAAAUAUGGGAUAUGGAAAACGACGAAUGGGACCAAUACCGGCUGAUUCAACAUUGAAUUUUGAAGUAGAACUUGUUGCAGUCACAUAGAGUUGGUUUUUUGUUGUCUUUGAAACGCAAAAAAAAUAACAAAUUCCAUAAUUACCAUUAUUA